AUGUCGAAUAUUUUGAUUGUCGGGGCUGGCCCAAAAUCAAUACAACCAGACCAAUCACCGCGAGCCUCUGGGUACUAUGGCCCGAUCUUAACCCUGCUUCAAGAAUCUGGACUCUGGGACGCCGCGUCCACCGAAGGAUAUAAGGAAAACGGCCUCUUAUUUCGCAGCCCCCCAGUCGACAACGGCAACGGCAGCAAGACAUUUAGCAAGCAACUUGGAUAUAUUCAAGACAAGCAGCUCAUACUUCCUCAGUCUAAAUUAGCUGCCAUCAUUAAGAAGGCAGCCGUUGGCACUGGAAAUGUCACUAUCCACUAUCAGGCAGAAGCAACCACAAUCGAGGAGGCUGGUAACAGUGUCACCCUCAAUGUCAAGAACCUUGGAUCCGGAGAAAUAGAGAAGUUUAAGGGAGUUUACCUAGUGGGAAGUGAUAGCGGAAGGUCCACCAUUCGGUCGCUCCUCAAGAUACCUUUCCCAGGCCAUACUUGGCCAGAGCGCGUUAUUACGACCAACGUAACCCGGGUGAAUGACGAAAUGCCCCAUGUCGCACCGCAUUUCAUCAUCGACCCUGUCAAUUGGGCCGUGGUGAUUCCGUUGUCGCCUCCCAAGUUGGGGCAACCAUCGCAGUGGAGAUAUACAAUCGCAGUUGACAGCAAAGAUCCUCAUACCGAUGAAGAGCUUUUGGCGCCAGAGAAUGUUAAGUCUUUGUACGAGAAGGUCAUGGUAGGAAAGAGACCGCUAGAGUAUGAGGUUAACCAGAAGACGGUGUAUCACCUUCAUCAGCGCCUCGCCUCGACCAUAAAAAGAGGUAGAUGUCUCCUAGUUGGGGAUGCUGCUCAUCUGAACUGCCCCCUGGGUGCGAUGGGACUUUCUACAGGUCUGCUUGAUACCGAGGCUUUGGCAGAUUCUCUGAUCAUGGUUCUCAAUAAGGGAUAUCCAGAACUGGUGCUCGAUAUCUACGCAGAUGUCCGCAGAGAGGUUUUUAGCUACUUCAUAGAUCCGAUGACGACGCAAAAUAAGACACGCAUUCAGAAUAACCCCGUUGACGUUGAACGCGAGGAUGGAUUUAUGCGCAUAUUGAGGAACCCUGCAAUCGACUCACCAACCUUGUUUCAAAAGAUGUACAAGGAGCGAUGGGUUACGGACAUACGAAGUAAGGUUGCAACAAUAGGAAUCAGGGCGGAGUAA